AUGUCAUCAAGUCCUCAGGGAUCUCGUAGCCAAAGUGUCCUGCCCUUGUUCAUGGGUAAAGGCAGAAAUAUCACCUAUAUUUUGGACUCCUCUGUGGAAAUGAAUGACUUUUUUGGGCCAGUGAAGAAUCUUAUAAUCCAAACCUUAAUAACUAAAGCUUCCCUCAGAGACUCACUCUUCAACAUUAUCAGCUUUUCAUACAAGGCAACACCAUGGUCUUCGUAUAUGAUGCCCUGUACACCUGAUAUAGUCUAUGAAGCAUUGAGUUGGAUCCACACAUUACGGACUAGUCCUGGCAGGGACCUCAGUGCACCACUGGCCUUAGCAUUCUCCGAUCCUGCCUGUCAGUCUGUCCAUUUAGUGACCAGCGGUCUCCCAGACAACCCCACACAUUGCCUGGGUUCAUUGUCAACCCUGGUGACCCGCCCUGUGCAUACAUUUUACAUAUUUCACCAGAGUCCCAUGAUAGCUGACGUUUCAGACUUUUUGCAGUGCAUCACUUCCAGCACUAGAGGAAGCUGUUAUGUCAUGUCCCUCAAUUCAAUUGGUGCUGUGGACCAGGCCAGUUUGUUGCAUUCAAUAGAUGGCCAGAUUCAAGAACCAUCAAUAGAUGGCCAGAUUCAAGAACCAUCAUACUUCGAGGACAGAUGGCAUUCAGGGGUAGACUUCAAUCAGGUCCCAUACUACAACUAUAUCCCUUGUGUCUGUUCAGAUUCAAACUGGUGUUCACCAGCGAAUCCUUUUAGUGCAGUGUCUUGGGUAUCUGCAAGGGUAAUGAGAGGUGCUGAGCUUUUUCCUGGCUGCCGUGUGUUAGCCAGGAGGGAGGUAGAUGGGUUUUACUACCUGGGAACAAUCAUACAUCAGAAUGGAGGAAGUCUUUUUAUGGUGGAAUUUGAUAAUCCCGGACCCAAGGCAAACACCUUGAACAAAAUUAUAAAUACAGUUCAGCUAACUUGCCAGCCUGAUAUGGUCAGUCUAGCCAAUGGGCAUGGGCACAGUAUAGUACCAUUGGAUACGGUUCUAGCUCCAUGGGAGCCAGACCUGAAAAGAUAUGGGCCUGGAAGGGUCAUCUCUGGUUUAGAGCUAAGAAAUUCAUUAAAAGGCAAUGAAGGUGAUAUUGGACUCCAGGUUCUCUUCUGGAAUGGGAUUUCAACACAUGUGCCCAAAGAUCUUGCCAUAUGGAUUCCAGCUUCUCAACACGAGCGUAUCGCCAAAGACCUACAGCAUUAUUCCUCCAGGCCAUGUUGCUUUAGGAUCUCUCAGUGCAGCAUGAACUGUUUUGAAUUUCCAUGUCAGCAGUGCACCCACCACAGUCUGUCCUCCUUUCCAUUGUGCCACCAUCCAGUCAAGAGAUGCUGGCCAAUGAUAAUGUCACCUCCACAUUUGAACAACAAAGGAAGAUAUGACUUGGAAAUGAAAGUUGAUCUGCAACUGACAGACCUACAGAGCUCUCAAUUGCCUUCAUCUUCCUCAUCAUCAACCUCUGACUCAGAAGAUAAUGAGGAUAUUGCUGUUGGGAAAAACUCAGAUUCAGAAAUGGUGAGCCGCGCAGUAAACACAGAGAUUUCCUGCCUAAAAAAGCCAUACAAUCAGCCAGAGUCCCGGGCAGCCUGGAGAUACUGGAAAAGGGGCUCUCCAGAACCACUGCACAAGCAACCAGGAAGACCAGUCAGGUCUCCAAAUAUAAGCUAUUCUUGGCCUAGAGACAUUGGGUAUUCUGGGUGCUCUACAGAUAACUCUAAAAUGACCAAUCACCGCUCUUUAUUUGAGCUUGUUCCUGAAUCACCCAAGCGAGGAGUCACUAUGAGGGAAAUACUUGGAUCAGCUGAACCAAAGUCAUUCAAAGCUGCAUCACCACUUGCUCUGGCAAUGAGCAAAAGGCCAACUAAACUGAUACACAACCAAACUUAA